AUGGUCUCCAAACCCAAAUACAAGCCUGCCGCCAAGCCCGCAAAGCAAGAAGCAGAAAUCAAAGAAGACUCCUCCCUCCUACCCCCCAACUGGCCCCAAAACAUCAUCUUCCUCACCGAACCAACCUACACCACCUCCGCACUCCUCUCCCGUCCCCUCCUAACCCACUCACCCUCCUCCUCCCCGUCCACCUGGCCCUUGAUCCCCUCCUCCUCCCUCUCCCUCUCCCCCAUCAGCCCCAACGUCCAAAUCCUCCCCAUCACACACCCGUCCACUCACCCCGCCCAUGGCCAACUCGGCCUCUUCGCAACCCAACCUCUCCUCCCCUCCCAAUUCAUCCUCUUAUACCUCGGUCUCGUCCACACCAAUUCCCUCUCCGACAGCGACUCUUCCAGCGAUUACGAUUUGAGUUUCGAUCGGGAAUUGGAUCUGAGUAUUGAUGCUGCUCGCAUGGGGAAUGAGGCUCGCUGCGCGAAUGAUUUUCGAGGCGUUGCUGAGCGCCCGAAUGCGGAAUUUGGGGAUUGUUUUGUUCAAGUGCCUUCGGCGAAGAGAGUUGGUGGGAGGAAGUGGGAGAGGAGAGUGGGUGUUUUUGUGGUUUCGAAGAAUAAAAAGGGGGGAAAGGGGAAGGGGGGGAUUAGAGCUGGAGAGGAGAUUUUGGUGAGUUAUGGGAAAGGGUUUUGGGAAGGACGGGGGCUAUUGGAUAUGUUUGCGAAAGGGCAUAUUGAGCAAGUGGGAGAGACAAUUGAUGGCGGAGGCUGA